GGCAUUCACGCUGGCAUUGUGUCUAUACUAGAGGUAUUUCAUCUUUGCUACCAUAGUGUAUAUUUUACUUGAUCCAUAUUUGUAAAUAGCUUUAUUAAAGGACCUGCUUUAUUGAAAUGUUCUCCUAUGUGCAGUUUUAGGAAUCGGAAGACCGGUAUUUUGAGCCUCAGCCAAAAUUAAACUAGCUUGUUUGUGAUACUUCUUUGCCUUACUCUUGUGUCAUCUUCGUUGCACCUUUGUUCAUUAUUCUUUUGUAGGUCCCUGUGCUAGUUGCAGUCCCAGUGGAGUUGUGCUGACUAUGGGCCCAGUAGGCGCAGAGGCUGAGGAGAACCAGACAGUGGAGGAAGUGAAGGUGGAACAGUAUGGGCCAGGGCAAAGCACUCCUAAAGAUGAGCUGGCCCGAGACCCUGAGCCAGAGCUUAUAGACAGCACCAAGCUGAUUGAGGUGCAGAUUGUCCUCAUAUUGGCCUAUUGCUCCAUCAUCUUGCUUGGGGUGAUUGGCAACUCCUUGGUGAUCCACGUGGUGAUCAAAUUCAAAAGCAUGCGCACAGUCACCAACUUUUUCAUUGCCAAUCUGGCUGUGGCUGACCUUCUGGUGAACACCUUGUGCCUGCCCUUCACUCUCACCUAUACCCUAAUGGGGGAGUGGAAAAUGGGUCCUGUCCUAUGCCACCUGGUGCCCUAUGCCCAGGGCCUGGCAGUACAGGUAUCCACAAUCACUUUGACAGUGAUUGCCCUGGAUCGGCAUCGAUGCAUUGUCUACCACCUGGAGAGCAAGAUCUCCAAGCACAUCAGCUUCCUGAUCAUUGGCUUGGCCUGGGGCAGCAGUGCUCUACUGGCAAGCCCCCUGGCCAUCUUCCGGGAGUACUCACUGAUUGAGAUUAUUCCAGACUUUGAGAUUGUGGUCUGUACUGAAAAGUGGCCUGGUGAGGAGAAGAGCAUCUAUGGCACUGUUUACAGCCUUUCCUCCUUGUUAAUCCUCUAUGUGUUGCCUCUGAGCAUCAUAUCUUUUUCUUACAUUCGUAUCUGGAGUAAACUUAAGAACCAUGUCAGUCCUGGAGCUGCAAAUGACCACUACCAUCAGCGAAGGAAGAAAACCACCAAAAUGCUGGUGUGCGUGGUGGUGGUGUUUGCAGUCAGCUGGUUGCCCCUUCAUGCCUUCCAACUUGCUGUUGACAUUGACAGCCAGGUUUUGGACCUGAAGGAGUACAAGCUCAUCUUCACAGUGUUCCACAUCAUUGCCAUGUGCUCUACCUUUGCCAACCCCCUGCUCUAUGGCUGGAUGAACAGCAACUACAGAAAGGCCUUCCUCUCUGCCUUCCACUGUGAGCAGAGGUUGGAUUCCAUUCACUCUGAGGUGUCUGUGACAUUCAAGGCUAAAAAGAAGUUGGAAGUCCAAAAUAAUAAUGGCGCUGAUAACUCUUUCACAGAGGCUACCAACGUCUAAGGAAGCAGGUAUGUGAAAAAUAUAUGAAUGAAUUCUGACCAGAGCUAGAAUUCUGAUUGGUGAAGGCUGCCCGGGGAUGAAGGCCUCCUGAUUUCUCGUUUUAAGGAAGAAAAUGAGCGUUUGUGAUGUAAUUGCUGGAGAACUGGCUGAGGGAGCCUAGGUGAAAAUACUCCUAUUCAAAGAUAGGGCAAAAAAAAAAAAUAACUUUGCUUAGAGUCGCUUGGAUGGUAGAUUGGAUUAUGAGUAAAAGCAGAGAGAAACACUUUUGAAUGUUUUUCAGAGUGAAAUAAACCUGAACAAAGAAGUUGGCAGUAUUAGCAUUGAAAAAGGUGGUGGGGUAAAUAAAAUGACUUAUUAACUUUCAAAUCACAUUAGGACCUGGAUUGGGAGAUGCUGUGUUUCCCCUUCUUCUGAUGAAUAAGACUUCCAAACACAGAUUUCUCUAUGGAGUGACGUUAUUG